UUGAGAAGAAAGAAAGGAGUGAUCGAUCAGUAGAAAGCUCCAUUUCAAUUGACUCUCUCGAAGGUACUCAUCCUGUGCAGGUGAUAGAGCCACUGUUAAGCUUCAACUGAGAGCUUCGCAUUAACGAUCAUGGGCACGGUUGAAGUUCUCGUGGCACAAAUCCAAGGGCUGUCCAGCACCGCCGGCGAUAUCUCACGCCUCCAUACUAUUCUCAAGCAAUCAGAAGAACUGCUUCACUCCGACACCGCUUGUUUACCUUCUGCAUUGGCUCAACUUGAUGCUUCCAAACAUUCUUUAGGAUAUCUCUACAUUCUAGAGGCAUACACAUCCGUUCCAAUUUCACAAGAGCAAUACAGUUCAACUGCUCUGACUAUUUCAAGAUUUCUCUCUUCUUGCAACCCGGAGCAGAUUCGUUUAGCACCUGAAAAAUUCGUCUCAGUUUGCAAGAGGUUGAAAGAUCAAGUUGUCCUACUUGAAGCUCCAAUUAGAGGGGUGGCUCCACUUCUUACUGCUAUUAGAAAACUCCAGAUCUCUUCAGAACAUUUAACCACUAUACAUCCGGAGUUUCUCCUUCUUUGCUUAUUAGCCAAGUGCUACAAAACUGGCAGAUCUAUAUUGGAUAAUGAUAUUCUUGAGGUUGAUCAACCAAGGGACCUGUUUCUUUAUUGUUAUUACGGGGGGAUGAUUUGCAUAGGACUAAAGCUAUUUCCUAAAGCGCUUGAGCUUCUUCAUAAUGCUGUAAGUUCUCCGAUGUCAUCAAUGAAUGCUAUAGCUGUUGAAGCAUAUAAAAAGUACAUUUUGCUCUCCCUCAUUUACAAUGGACAAUUUUCGAUUAGUCUCCCGAAGUACACUUCUUCAGUAGCACAGAGAAAUUUGAAAAUUUUCUGUCAGCCCUACAUUGAACUGGCAAAUAGUUAUAGCACGGGAAACGUUGACGAAUUAGACACUGUUUUUCAAACGAACAGGGAGAAAUUUGAAAAUGACAACAAUCUUGGACUCGUGAAGCAGGCUGUAUCUUCUCUGUAUAAACGCAACAUUCAGAGAUUGACGCAGACGUACUUGACCCUCUCUCUUCAAGAUAUAGCCAAUUCUGUUAAACUCAACAGCCCUAAGGAAGCUGAAAUGCAUGUGCUACGAAUGAUCCAGGACGGUGAGAUUUUUGCAACAAUUAAUCAAAAGGAUGGAAUGGUCAGCUUUCUAGAGGAUUCUGAACAGUACAAAUCCUGCAAGAUGGUUGAGCAUAUUGACUCGUCGAUCCAGAGGAUGAUGAAACUUGCGAAAAAGCUGACUGCAAUGGAUGAAAGUAUAUCAUAUGAUCCUCUGUAUCUAGCAAAGGCUGGAAGAGAGAGGCAGAGAUUCGAUUAUGAUGACUUCGAUUCUGUUCCUCAAAAAUUUAAUAUUUGAAUGGAUAACCGCACCCUAUGUACUGUGGAUAUUAUAGAACAGGAAAUUUUGAGGAGAGCAAUGCAAAAUGAUUUGUAUCUUUUUCCUUCCUCGCGUUAUUGUUCCAAGAGACGAAGCCUGUUAAAAGGCCAUUUGCUCCUCGUGAGAAAUGUAUGUUUGUAAUCCGUCCUCUUUUCUCAAAAACUAAUUUUGCGUUUGCCCUUU